GUAUUUGUAGGCUGUGAUAUAUAGAGAGUAGAGACUUCCUUUGAUUCUCUCUCUCCAUAUUCGAGUCCGUUUUCCUUCGAAGCAUAUAUUUUGCUUUGCAUACUAAGCUUUGGGUGGUUCGUAGCACUUAGAAAAUGCAGGGAGGCAAAAAAGAAACCCCCUGUAAUCAUGGUAGGUCAAGUGGUAAAGCUUUUGUGGAGUAUCCGGAACAUGAAGUUGAAGAGAAAAACAGCAAGCAUGUGCAGUACAGAAAUGACUACAGCAAGUCGGAGGAAAUACAGUUGCAACAUCACGAUGGUAGUUUCACUUUUCAUAAGUCCACUGUCACUUAUGGCAAUGCCGAUGGAUCAUAUAAAUUUUCAUCCACAAUUAGAAUGACAGGGAGUGAUGGAGUGACCUUCGUAGAAAGCAAAGUAGCUGAAACUGCUACAAGUCAGGCAAAACACAGCAUAUCUGGGGGACUUUAUGAUAAGGGCCAUUCCACAACCGGGAAGCUUAAUUCAGAUUGUAAAGUGGACACAAAGCAGACCUUACCCAAUCUGACUGAAGAUGAAGCUAAUGAGCUUUUUCGAUUUGAACAAUCAUGGAAAGGAAAUGAUACGCCUAGCUGGUCUGAGAAUUUUAUUGGCUAUGAUAAUAUUGAUGAAGCUGAUGAGCCUGCUGGAUUUGAACAAUCAGAAGCUGCUGAGAUUUCUGGAUUUGAACAAUCAUGGAACGGAAAUGAUGCACCUGGCUGGUCUGAGAAUUUUAAUAGUUAUGACAAUAUUGAUGUCGUCGAGGAGGACUCAUAUGCAUAUCACGAUGAUUAUUAUCCGGACCCAUAUGAAUAUCACGAUGAGUAUUAUCUGUGACUGUGAGGUUGACCGGAGGCUUCAACUUUUGAUAAGUCAAUUUUAGAUGUUAAUUUGCCGCAUGUGGCAUCUUUUGGAGUUGUUAAAAUGAUAUGGUUUUAAGUAUGACUUUUGAA